UCCAAAGAUGUCUGAGGCACUGGGAAGGUAGAUACCUCAUCAGGGGAAGCUUCUGGGUCAAGAGGCCUCCAGUCUGGACUAGAUGGAGGAGAGCCAGAAGGAGAGGAGGACACUGGGAGAGAAAGCCAAAGGUAGAUGGACAGAUGAGAGACAAACCAGGAGAAAAGAAGAGUUUCUGUUGUUAGGGUGGGAAGUGGGCUUUCUGCUGCUCCCUGGUCUCAGAUGGACACACUGAGGCAGGAAGAGGAGCAGGAUCAGAAGGCCUCCUGAACUAGAAUCUCGUUGUACCAUCUGUUGUUCGUGUGUCCUGAGCAAGUGACUUCACCUCUCUGAGGCUUGGCUUUCUCCUUGACAAAAUGGGAUGAGAAUCUCAGAUGUUGUAGGAUUGAUAUGAGGCUAACUGAAAUCAUGCAUGUGAGAUGUCUUAGGAGAGAGUAGACUCUCCACUCAUAGUGACUUGUUUGUUAAGUUACUGGCUAUUGAUUCCCUUCUGUCCUGGGGCAGCUCGGUGUUGAAAGCUCCUGCCCUUCUCCAGGGAAAGGGUGUCUGCGCAGGAAGGCAGCUCCCCAUGUCCUCUGCAGCUCAUCACCCAGCUCUGGGCCUGCUUGACAUUUGACUGGACUUGCUCCUGUGGCUUCUGGUCACUGAGCCCAUCUCCCUCCUCCUUGAGCCUGGAGUGGAGCACAGGGUGUGUGUGAGUGUGUGUGUUUGUGUGAGUGAGUGUGUGUUAGUGGGAAGAUGCCUAUCUGUGCCUGGAUAGGUGACUGUGUAAUGGUGGCUUGGUGCACCAUGGCUCUAACUGGGAGUGACUAGAUGAGAAUGAGUGAAGACAUUGUGGGUCUCACCCCUCAUAUGUGUCCUGAAUCUUACAUUUUACAAAGCAGCAGAGUGCACGGGGCACAGACUUGAAGUUAGAUUCCUGGGAUCAAACCCUGUUUCUACCAUGUAUGAUUUUAAGCAAAUUUCUUAACUUCUUGUUGCCUUCAAUUUCUUCAUCUGCAACAUGAAGAAAUAGUAACAGCUCUUCACCCCCUGUUUCAAGACUAUCAUGAGGAUUAGGACUUUGACUUCUCAGGGAGAAGGAAUAUAUAUGUCUGUUGCCUCCAUUGUUUCCACAGCUACCCUGUGAUGUGGUUAGCGCUGAUCUCAUCGGACACGUAAAGACACGGGGCUCUGGGGGAUUUACAUCCUCGAGUACAAAGUUAGGAAAAGGCAGAGCCGGGACUCAAACUGAGGUGCUCUGAUCCCAAAAUCCCUGGGGAGAAAGCAGGAGGAAAGCACCUGUGCUUACAGGUGAUCUUCCAAGGUCCUCUGAGGUCCACUCUGGUAGACAACCCUCCUGUGUGUGAAGCCAGGUGAGGGCCAGCAGGUGGUCAGGCUGUGGAGGCAUGUUCAGCUCCCGUCUUCCCCUUUGCCCCCUCCCCUUACUCCUUUUUCUUCCCAGAAAACAGGCUUUGUGCCACAGAUACAGGCUCUUCCUCUAGCUCAGCCUCUGCCUGGACCAGUGCCAGAUAAGCAGUAUACAUCCAGGCAGCUGAGAUGCUGCCUCAAUAGUUGCAGAAAGGUGUCUCUGUAGUCUGAGUCAAGUGGUGGUGGGGGCACUGAUGCCCAGAGGUGAUGAAUCUGCAGGAAACUGAAAAGGAGGACUUCAACUAACACACUGCUGUUCACUUAUCCAUCUUUUGAUUCGCUCUCAUCCACUCACAGACCAUCCAUCACAGGCCAUGCACUGCCCUAGGUGCUGGGAUGCUCCCUGAGUGACCAUAUUGGACAAGAUUCCACCUGUGGAAUCACAAUCUGUGUUUGCACCAGACCCACAGGCAGAGUCAAGUCUGGGAAACACUGUUACUGGGCAUUUGGCCCCAGCAGGCAGAAAUAGGAAGUCUGGUUCUGCGGGGAGAUUACAGACUGUUCAAGCCUGACCCCAGAUCUUCCCUUUCCUCACUCCCCUCCUUAUCUCCUGCUCCCACCCUUCAAGUGGGGUCUGAAAAGCACAGUCAGCCCCCAGCUUUCCACAGAAGCCCUCCUGCAAGGCCACGAAGAUGAGCCGGCUCUGCCUCUCUGCAGCCCUUCUGGUCCUCCUGGGCACCCUGGUGGCCAGCAUCCCAGGGUAUGACACCAGCAACCAGGCCAAGGCCCAGCGGCCUGACUUCUGCCUAGAGCCUCCAUAUACGGGUCCCUGCAAGGCCAAACUGAUCAGAUACUUCUACAACACCAAGUCCGGAUUCUGCGAGACCUUUAUAUAUGGCGGCUGCAGAGCUAAGCGCAACAAUUUCAAGAGUGCAAAGGAUUGCAUGAGGACCUGUGGUUAUGCUACCAGGCCCUGGAAGAACCUGUGAACUGUGCUCCCCUGAGAUGCUGAAGUACAAGGAAGACCCACCCAAAGCUGGGCUCUAGCUGCUUCUGAAAAAUUUCAGCCUCCUUUUCUUUCUUCUCAACCCUCCUCUCCUCAGCAGAAAGGUCUGUCUCUCUCCUUCCUCCACAGGGCCACUUACUUUAGCCCUAUCUCAUCCAGUUUGCUCUAAGCACCAAGAAAGCAAAUCUUCCCUUUAUCCCUCACAUUUCCCACAAUUUCUGGCACAAAGGAAACAGUCCAGAAAUACUUGAGGAAGGAAGGAAUGAAUGCAGGAGUAAAGUUCCUCAUGACUGGAGUAUCUGUAGAGCCUGAGAUUUGAAUCUGGAAUUCUUGUCCACAGCAUCCUCACCAUCAUCCUCCACCCCACCAUCACUGCUCUCCCUCUGCUGGCGAAAGUAGAAUUUCCGUCAUCAAGUUUUCAGCUCAAUGGUGGGAGAGGUCUUUUCAUGAAAAAAGCCUCCUCCUCACAUUGAUUUGAAUGUCUGUGGCUUCAAAGAGUCUGGCUUUAUCUUUAAAUAAAUUCAUAUUUUGCUUAAA